CGGACUCCCACUACAGCUACACAUAACGUGGCCGCCGACAGCACUCCGCCACCUGAUGACGCAGCAGUCUCCCCCAUGCGUGUGGCAGCUGUGGCAGGCAGCAGUCCCACACCCAGCCUUCUCUCGCAGCCACACAGCGACCACAGCCAGACUCCCACUACAGCUGCACUGAACAUGGUCGCCAACAGCAGUACUCCACCUGAUGACUCAGCAGUCUCCCACAUCUGUGUGGCAGCCGCAGCAGGCAGCAGUCCCACGCCCAGCCCUCCCUCGCAGCCACACAGCGACCACAGCCGGACUCCCACUACAGCUUCACUUAACGUGGCCGCCGGCAGCACUCCCCCACCUGAUGACGUCGCGAUCUCCCACAUCCGUGUGGCAGCCGCAGCAGGCAGCAGUCCCACGCCCAGCCCUCUCUCGCAGCCAAACAGCGACCACAGCCGGACUCCCACUACAGCUACACAGAACGUGUCCGCCGACAGCACUCCGCCACCUGAUGACGCAGCGGUCUCCCACAUCCGGAGCCUCCCUGGAGAGGAGAAGAACCGGAGGCUGAUCCAGGCGGCUCAGGAGGGUGCAGCCAAUCAGCUGCGUUUAUUGCUGGCGGCGGGGGCGGACGUGGGGGCGAGGGAUGGGGACAUGAUGACAGCCUUGCACUGGGCAGCACUCGGGGGAUACGAGGAGGCAGUGGCGUGUCUGCUGCAGGCCGGUGCUGAGGUCAAUGCCAGGAACAACACACAGGGCACACCUCUGCACUUUGCUGCGUUCUUCGACCACGCACCUGUGGUGCGGCAGCUGGCGGCGUCCUGUGCUGACCCGAACGCCAGGAGUAAUCACGGGGUGACCCCACUACAUUUGGUGGCAUUCAAUGGCCACGUAGAGGCGGCGGCAGCACUCCUGGAGGCGGGGGCCGACAAAAGGGCCAGGACCAGCGACGGGGAGACGCCGCUGGACGCCGCCAGGCAGAACAACCACCGUCAACUGAUAGACAUGCUAAGAUGGAGCUAG